GGCGGGCGGGCGCAGAGCGUUGAGUCGCGGGUCGUAGUUCGGCCGCCAUGAGCUCCGCUCCGCCGGGACCCGCCGCGCCGCGGCUGUGCUGCAUGGAGAAGGGCCCCGACGGGUACGGCUUCCACCUGCACGGCGAGAAGGGCAAAGCGGGCCAGUUCAUCCGCAAGGUGGAGGCGGGGUCGCCGGCCGAGCGCUCGGGGCUGCGCGCCGGGGACCGGCUGCUGGAGGUGGACGGGACGAACGUGGAGCGGGAGAGUCACCAGCAGGUGGUGGAGCGGAUCCGGGCCGCGGCCGGGGCUGUUCGGCUGCUCGUGGUGCAGCCGCUGCGCGAGGAGCCGCCCGGGACACACGGCGACACCGACGGCCGCGAGCAGCGGGAGCCCCCGGCGGAGCGGGGCGGCCACGGAGACACAGAGCUGCGUCCCCGGCUGUGCCACAUCAAGAAGGGCCCCAACGGGUACGGCUUCAACCUGCACAGUGAGAAGAGCCGCCCUGGGCAGUAUGUUCGUGCUGUGGACCCCGACUCACCGGCUGAGGCGGCGGGGCUGCGAGCCCAGGACCGCAUUGUUGAGGUGAAUGGGACGCCCGUGGAGGGCAAACAGCACGCGGAUGUGGUGGCGGCCAUCAAGGCGGGCGGCGAUGAGACCAAGCUGCUGGUGGUGGGCGUGCUGGCUGAUGAGUUCUUCAAGAAGUGCAGGGUGGUGCCCUCGGAGAUGCACCUGGCAGGUCCCUUGCCUGAGCCCAUUGCCAAUGGUGAUAUAGAGAAGGAAAAUGGUGGAGAGCCACGGCUGAACUCGGUGUCAGAGAGACCCCCCAGCCCUGCACUGGCUGCAUCCCCUGAAGGCAGCGAGACCCACAGCGAGCCCGAUUUGCAAGAAGGGGACAAGCGCAGCUCAGCGCCCAGCUCCCUGCUGGACCUCGACAUCCCGCUGGCCGUGGCCAAGGAGCGUGCGCACCAGAAGCGCACCAGCAAACGGGCUCCACAGAUGGACUGGAGCAAGAAGAACGAACUGUUCAGCAACCUGUGAAUCCGCCCCGGGGCAGGGACACCGGCCCCAUCCCCUUCAUCCCCACCACCCUGAUGGGGAGGACGGGGCUCGGGGUCGCUGAGCAUCCCUGAUGAGGAUGGUGACGGUGCCCUGGGUGCUCCUCCAGCCCCGGUGUGAAGCUUUGUGCGCCCGGCUGUGUGCAGAGCUCUGGGGAGGUUUGGUCACUCAGAGUGGCCGGGUUUGGUGCCCCACGCUUCUCAUCCCCUCUGCCAGCUCUCGUUCUCCCAUCCCAAAGCCCACCUCUGUUUCAGCCCCCCCAGAUCAUCUCCCCUUCUAGAGGCUCUCGGUGAUUCUCACCAUGCCCUACACCGCAGCAGUUCCUCCUGGGGUUGGCACUCUUAACCUUGCAGUGUCCGUCCACAAUGACCCCAUCCCUUCGUUCCUGUGCCCACAGAGCUGCUCUCAGAGGCACUUGGGCGUCCUACAGCCUCUGCCCCAGGGUUGUUUUGGGAGAGGAGAGGUGUCUGGAGCCAGCACAGCAAGCAAUAAUAAGCAAUAAUCACCCCCGGUGCUGCUGCUUGCUCCCAGAGACAGAGCCGGUCAGGGCUUGUGUCCUACACUGCUUAGUUUAAAGGGUUCUCUGUAGACUCUCUUCUUUCUCCAAAAUGAGAGUUUUUCCAAUCACACAGUUUAUUUCUUUUUUUAAUGUAUUUUGUGGAAAAUUCUUCCUGUGGAUGUUUUGUUUCUGUGUUUUGCAAUCAGGUGUCGUGUUGUCAAGAUGAAGAUAAAUUCUGUUUACUGGAAUAAAUCUUCCUGACUUCACAUGUC